AUGAGCAACAAUGGCCUGCGCACCCAGUUCCCCUAUGCGGGCGACGCUCUCAGUCCCCGUGCCCAGUUCGGUUUCCCUUCGCCCACGUCAAACUACCCGUCUGGUGUUGAUGCUCCGUCGCCUAGCUUCUUCCCCAUGGCCUACCAAAUCUCACCGCGCUUUGGCACCAGUGCCUUCAUUCCCCCUCCAGACGUCUUUGUAGACGGCCGCCGGGAAACAGUCCGCGAAAACGGCAUGUACACACCGCGCAACUCGGGAAAGCGCGGCCUCGAUGCCCUCAACACCGACCCUGUCGCUAUGCACCUGCUGGUCGAGACGGCUAUAGGAGACAGCCAGCAGUUUGACAUUCUCACCGUCGAGGAGGUCGACGCGCUCAAGCAGGAGCAGAAGGUGCUCGACACCCGCCUGGCCACAGUCCGCCGCAAACUCGAGUCUGAAACCAAGAUCCGCGAUGCCACCCGUUCGCUCGGCCGCCUCGCUGGCACUAAGGGAAACGGCCACAAGAGAGGCCUGGCCAGCAAGGGCAGCAAUCCAGUUCCUGAUUAUGAUGCCAAGGAGCAGGAGGGUUUAGAAUCGAGCAACCGAAAGGUCGAGGAGUUUAUCCGCGAAUGUCUGGAGAUUGAGUCUCGCAUGCGCAUGAUCGACAUGCAAUUGCUCAUGCACACGGCCGCCGUACUCCAACUCACGCACAAGGGACCCAAGCAGCGGGAAGAAAACGACCAGUCAGAGGAUCGUUUUCGGAGACCAGACAGCCCCGCCAGCCUCGACACGUACGAUGAUACCCGUCUGAACGGUAUGAGCGCGGGUGCUUUUGACGAACGAAGCCUCUACCGAACCCCGGAGAACCUCGACAAUCUCAUGACUGUUCUCCAGAACGGAACGCACCACCAACCCGAGCGGUCGAAUCAAGCAUUUGGCGCACUGGCCACGCGGCUCCAAGAAAUGAAUGAGCGACUACGCAAUCUCAUCAUCGAGGCCAACCCCGAACGGGACGAGGAUUACUCUUUGCCGCCACUUGUGCUCGAAGGAACAUUGGAUGCUUCAACCAUUGACCGCCAGCUCGACUUUCUCGACCAAGGUAUCCGCAACAUCAGCGUAGAACAAGCCAAUAUCCGCACAAACGCCAGGCAGACGCUAAGUGAGGUCGAAGGUCGUCUGGAGAAUAUCAACAACCAACUUUAUUCGGUCGUUUCCCGCUCCGAGAAUGAACAAAAUGAGAAGAUACUUCCACCACCAGCAAUCAACGGCAAUGGCUCCACAGAGCAGCUCAAUUACAUGGAGGAUACGUUCUACAACCUCGAGCAGAUCCAGUUUGCUAUGGCUGAGCGCAUCAAGGAACUUGGCUCUGGUGCUUCCAUGGGCGAGGAUUCUGAAAAGGCUGAAAAGUAUGAGAGUACAAUCAAGGGUCUGUGGGACAUGAUCCAAACUGGUGAGGAGCAGGCGCUCGAACGCAAGCGUGAGCGACGCCGACUGCUUGCCGAAGACCCAGAUGCCGACGAACAACUCUCUCCUGACGAAGACUUCAACAGCAAUGAGCAGUACUCGCUUCUCGCCUUUUCCUCAAAGAUUCAAUUCCUCUUCAAGCGUGCUACUAGCCUCAAAGAGAAGCAGUCGGUUCUUCUGCGCCAGAUCAAACAGCAACGUGAGCUCAAUAGCAAGUCUGAUGCACAAAAGGAGGCAGACUUUGAGCGUCUCAACACUCAAAUUCUCAGUGCGAGGUCCGAAAAGAAGUCGAUGGAAGAUGAACUCGAGCGGGCCAUGAGCCAAUUGUCGCAGUUUGAUGCGCAAAAGGGCAAUGCCGAUACAGAGGUUCUGCGCGGGACACAAGAACGUAAUGCGGGACUUGAGGCUCAGCUGAUCAAUGUACAAGAGCGUGUGAUUGCAUUCGAAUCGGAACUGAAGGAGGCCAAGCAGCGUGUCGUCGCCUACGAGAAUCAGCUUAAGGACGUCCAGGAGCAGGCUGUGAACUACCAGAGCAAGCUUCAAGACGCUGAGAAGCGCGCUGCUUCUUACGAAGAGGAGCUCAAAGACCACCAACAACGCAACAGUGCAUACAAUGUCUCGUCACAAGAGGCAGAGGAACGUACUGCUGGCUACGAGGCCCAAGUACGGGAUGCCCAGGAGCGCGCUCUUAUGCUUGAGAAGGAGCUAAGGGAAGCCCGCGGCGAAGGUGAAACUCUCAAAACUCAACUUGCCGAAUUGACGCAAAGAACCGACCAAGCCACAGCUGCUCUGCAAGCAGUGACUGCGGCAAAGGAAGCAUCCGAAGCCCGCUCCCUCGACGCAACCAAUAUGCUCAACGCAAAAGAAGAGGAAUUUCGCAAACUCGAAGGCGAAAUCGUCCGCCUAACCACCGAACUCACCUUCGCCAAAGCCGAACUCGACGGCGCCUACGGCACCCGCGCCCAGCGCGCCGCCGACUCUGCCGCUAACCCGGCCAUCAAAAAAGAACUCGACGAGCUCGCCGACCAAAACCAAGCUCUCCGCGGCGAACUCGAGGCCCUCCGCAAAGUUCAAGACGUGGCCUCCCAAUCCGAAGCCGAAGCCCGCCAGUCAGAGCGCAACCUUAAGGCUGAACUCUCUGCCAUGGCUGCCGAAUACGAGGCUCUCACUCGUGACGCUAUUGCCAAUGAAAAAGAUCGCGAUGCGCUUGAGUCUCAAAUUGACAAGCUGAGGGAUGACAAGGAGGCGCUUGAGCGGGAGCUCAGCGAUGAGAAGGUCAAAUGGUUGGGAAUUAGGAGUCCAGGGACUCCAAUGGGGACUGGCUCCGGUGCUAUGCAGUUGGACAUGGGAGCUACGAGUAUUAGGAUGUUGAGAGAGGAUUUUAGAAAGAUGAUGAGGGAUCGCACGGCCGAGGGGUUGAAGGCUUUGAGGGCUGAGCAAGAAGAACGGAGAAAGCUAGAGGCGGUUGUGAGACAGCUGCGCAAGGAGUCGUUGCCGCAGCGGUCCAAUCUCUCCAGGACCAUGACGACGCCGCAUUAG